UCCAAAAUCAUGAAUCCUUUCCUCUUCUAUGUUUUAUGGCUUGCGGAGAACUGAAAGCACCAAUUUUUUUUGGUGUUGUUCGUUCAAUUCCGUCUCUUCCCUCGUUAUUUUACCCUUCCAAACGUUGGAAACACCGAUCUUCCUUACUUGGUUUUUCUCAGAUCGGUGGCGGAGGAUAUAAGUUCCUUCCAUUACUUACAAGAUGUCUAAACCUCAAGAUCCAUUUUAUAUCGUCAAAGAAGAGAUUCAAGAAUCUAUUGAUAAACUGCAAUCAAGUUUUCACCAAUGGGAAAGGUUUCCUCCUGACACUGGAGAGCUAGUACAUCUCACAAAAGAUCUACUUGCUAAUUGUGAGAGCAUUGAAUGGCAGGUGGAUGAAUUGGACAAAGCAAUUUCUGUGGCAGCUAGAGAUCCUUCUUGGUAUGGCAUUGAUGAAGCGGAACUUGAAAAGCGGAGGAGAUGGACCAGCACUGCCCGUACUCAGGUGGGAAAUGUGAAGAAAGCUGUAUUAGCUGGAAAAGAGAAUGGUAAUACUGCAAGUGUAAUACGCCGAGAAUUAAUGAGACUGCCAAAUUCUCAUCAGCCAGAUAGAUCCAACCAGUAUGCUGCAGAAGAUAAUGAUGACUUUAUAGCAUCAGAAUCUGAUAGACAAAUGCUUCUUAUAAAGCAGCAGGAUGAGGAGUUGGAUGAGCUCAGCGCAAGUGUUGAGAGAAUAGGAAGUGUUGGGCUUACUAUACAUGAAGAACUUAUUGCACAGGAGAAGAUAAUAGACGAGUUGGGUACUGAAAUGGACAGCACAACAAACCGAUUGGAUUUUGUUCAGAAAAAAGUGGCUAUGGUUAUGAAGAAAGCCAGUGCUAAGGGCCAGAUUAUGAUGAUAUUGUUUUUGCUAGUUUUGUUCAUUAUUCUAUUCAUUCUGGUCUUCUUCACUUAGACUGGAGAUUAGGUCUAGUCUUAUGAUGUUCAUACACGAGGGACGGAUCUGAUAUUUGGAAUUAACCAUGGGAUUUGUGGAAUACAGAGGAAUUGGUUGGUGUGAUCUCUAGUGUUGAAUAAACGACGAUCUGAAAUGCCGGACAAAGAAAAUUUUGUGUUCUUCUGGGUUAUCAAAAGUAGUCAAAUUUGAGUAGGACUAUGUAAGUCAGAUGAAUAAUAUUAUUAUUAC